UUUAUUGUACUGACAUAAUAUUAUCUCGUUAAUUUUUUAAGGGAGUAUAGGUACCUACCUAGUUAUUAUGACAAUUGAGCACUGAAUUCAGGUCGUCAAUGUGAAAUUGGGUAUCGGGGACAUCUGCGGGCCCUGUCAACGAACUAAACGUUCGAAGAUUCACCAUCUUUGGCAGCGGAAGUAGCGGCGGAUGUCCCGGCAAUGGACAAUCCAUCAUAUUUCGCGUUUUCCGAUAAAGAUGUCGCUGACAGCGCCGGCCCUCAUUCAUCGGCGUCAGAACAAUAUUCCAGGUCAGCGCCAGCACGUGCUUGGGCGGAUGGCGGUCGACCCUUAAGUUCACCGCGUAGACGCGAGCCUGAAAGCCCUAGAAGAAAAGAAUUCCGAGCUCUUUUAAGGUCUCUAUCUGCUAAGGAACCUGAACAAGCUGAAGCCUUUCUAAAAGGUCAGCCUAGGCCCGGAGAUUGUGCGCCUAGUGACAUGAGGUGUUCCUCAUUUACGGCACCGAGGAUAAAGAAAGGCAAAAUAAGUUCAAAGAUUUUUACAUCGGACGGUACCAAAGAGCACGAAGAAGUUUUCUACACAAUUCCCUUGCAAGGCCGUAGGCGACACUCAGUUGGUGGAUACCUAGCGGAUACUGGAUCUGCAGGGACUGGGGAAGUCACCACGGUGCCUAGUGAAGUCCCCAAGAUGCCCCCACCACGAAUCAACCAAAACGAGGAUGAAGCUGUUAAGAGACGAAGACCGAAAAAUUUUCCAUUCAAAGAAAUGGAAGAUAUUGCAAUUCUGUGGAGUUCCGGAUCACCGGAAAGUGCACUUUGGUCGGAUUAUUUGGUGGCUAGCUUCGACAAAAUUAUGUCACAACGAGCGAGGCAUCACUAUAGAGUCACACCAAUAACAGCGGAAGAGCUCAUGUCUUCGGACUCUCAAGAAAAACUAGAAAAACUUUCCAAAGCUCAAUUACAAAUAGUAAUAUUAUGUCCUAUUCUUGCUUCGAAAUUAUCCGAUCUGAAAAGAGAACUGCAUUCUGAGAAUUUGUUCAAAGCCGACAAAGUGUUAGUCAUGCUCCUUGGCGUCGAAAAAAAUCAUGUUGUGGCUAACAAUUCUGAAGAUUAUCCUUCAAUGGACCAGUGGCAGAUGAUGUCAGUGCGUGAGAAGGAUACCUCAUUUGUUGACACAUUUCUGACUGCUGCCGUUGGUAUCCUUAGAACAAAGGACUGCAAAGACACUGCCACGGACAGAACAAGUUUCUCCAUUGUACCAAAAAAAGUUAAAAUAGGUCAAAGUCGAGUGAUAGCGCUUCUCAACGACCCUAUUAGAGAAGAAGACAGUAUAAAAAUAAUGGUCGACAAAAAGGGCGAGGUUAUUCACAUACCGACGUUCAAAAAAAGGAACCCUUAUACACUCCAAUUUGAUAUUCCAGAAUCAUGCCUAGAAGUUUCGAUGUUAGUUUGGGUGCGCGUUAGCAAAAAUGGUCAAUCCUUAGGCAGGCGACAAAUUAAAUGCGAGAGCCGUUUAAGAGAGUUGGAUCAACUGUUAAGGGCAUCGGACCAUCCUCUAGAAUUUAUGUGCCAGACUUUAGGGUUUAAGACUACGAGCAAGGAACAACUAGACAGUUGGAUGUUGAAUGCGUUCCAAAAGAAUAUUCCACCCCAUUUCAAUCUGCUCUCUUCGACCGAGCAGUACAACCCAAAAUCUGAUUUGACGAGUGGCGAGGAGUACCCCACACUGCUGCACUGGGCGGCGCGCUUCGGGCUGGAGCGCGUGUGCUGGCAGCUGCUGGAGUGCCCGGGCGGCGGCGCGGCCGUGGCGCUGCGCAACGCGCGUCGCCGCACGCCCGCCGACCUCGCGCGCGACCACCGCCACCUGCGCCUCGCCGACAUGCUGGCCGACCAUCUCAAAAUAAAUGAAUUUUCUAACAUGUACUACUAUUUGAAAAAUAUGUCCGAUAACGACAAAGAAGAUUCCCAGGAGGAAGACAGACAGGGAGAAGAACUCUGUAUAGUAGAAACCGCUGACACGGUUGACUCUCCGAGCAAUGAAAAUGACAAAGGUUCGGAGAAAGAGAUUAUGCCCGAUCCUUUUAGUGAAGUCUGCACUCAAAAUUUAGAAGAUACACCGCUUAAGCGUGAAGAGAAAAGACAAAGACCAAAUUUAAAAUUACCAAAGGUAAAGGAGCAGUUUUACCAAAACGAUUUCCAACUUAACGACAAUAGAGUUGACCGAAUACAACAAGCAAUCGAGCAUGAUUAUCUUGUACAACCGUCAAACAUAAAAGUAGAAAGUCCAAAAUUUCGACCCAAUAAUUUAUAUGCAAAUAGUUCGAGGCUGCUACCGCAACAGACGGAUAUAUUUCUAUACUCUCCCACCGAAGAAUCAAAAGCUUUUACCAUUGACACUCCAACGAGUGAUAUUAGUCAAAUAAAUCUAAACAUUAAAGAUAUCCGCCAUAGCGGUAGCAUAAAAUCUGGUAAAGAUGUGACUGGACAAGAAGAGCUGGCAGAAAUAAUAACAGACUUUAAAAAUAAUGUCUUUACUAUUUCUGAAGUGGAAAAAUUAGUCAUGGAGUGGAAGAACCGAAAUGAAACUCAACAAUCCCUUAAAGAAAAGCAAGAGCAAUUAAAUAAGAUGCGUGAAGAGUACGACAAAAUUCAGCUUAAAAUAAAAGACAAUAUGAAACGACCAACACCCUUCGAAAGAGUAAAGAAAAUGUUUUCGAAAAGUAAGAGCAAGCAUCAUGAUAACAAUACUGGGACAAUUGAAAAAAGGAAUGGAAACACAAGACCGAAUAGUAGUUUAAGUGAUAGCUCCUCAUCAUCCGGCCGCUUGAGUACUGUUAGUGGAGGGAGUGUUGGAGAAACUAACAGCGUUCAAUCUGAAUUGGAUGAUAAAGCUAGAUCAGUGAUAUCGGCGAGUACUUUGACAAUGAAUUCAUGUGACGGCGAGAAUCGUCUCGACGACUACUUGAUUCCGCCGCCGCCGCGACCCCUCAACGGAUGUCCUCAAUUUACCACGUUCGGACAUCCCAAGCACGAAAAUAGAGGGCAACAUAUGGCGACUAUUGUUGAACGAGAAGCGUCUGCGUCAAGAGAACGAUUAGACUGUGAUUCGGACACAAGUUCCACACAUCUGCGAUUAAACUUCGGCGCGCGCGAUAAAUCUACUGCAGGUCGCUGCGAUGAUCGCGACGGAGCACAUAUGUAUAUGAAUAUUUCAGCUUCGCACACAUAACUACUAUGUAAUUGAGUAAUUUUCAUAGUAGUUCUCCAUAGUAUGUUGCAACACCAUUAAACAAUUAACAUAUGCGGUCAAAUUAAUAUUAACUAAUCUAUGCAAGUAUCGUACAAAAGUUUAAAGUUACAAUAUAUUUCAUUUAAAUUAAUGUUAUUCUGCCACUCCCUAAAACAUUUGUCGUGAAUAUAAAAAUAUAUGAAUACUGUUUUUUAUACUUGUCGUUCCUAAACGAAUUAUUACGAUCAAGGAAUACAAAAUAACGUUGACAAAAACUUGUGACGGCAAUCAGCCUAAUUUGGCGGGAAUUGAAAGAUACAUCAACGAACAUUAAAUGGCCACCGUUGUGCAUAAUAGAAUUAAUAGUUAAUGCAUUGAAUAAAUACUGAAUAGUGUGAAUCAUCGAUUCCUAGAUUAUGUUUAAACUAUAUAUUAUUAGUAGUGUGUAAGAUUAUAAUAAUAAGGAUAAAAAUGCAAGUUUUAUUAGCAAUCUUAGAAGAAAUUGAUAUUGUCUUAACCAAUUCGAAUUAAUCUGUACAUAUAUUUGAUCUGAUAUUAUAUUCUUUGUAGGUUUUUCUCACGAUUAAUGUAAAGAAAAAUUACAUAUCUCUUCAGAAAAAAGUUACAUCUUGGGCAUAAACUUCAACUGUCACUCGAAGAAUUCGGUGAA